GACUCUUCCCCGUUCAAGCUGCAUAGAGAGUGCUCGAAAUUGUUAACACACCAUCAAGUCAAGAACUAAAGUGAGGCACCGUCCCUCAUUCCACCAAAACACAGUCAUUAUCACAAACCCACAACUUCCUCCCCAACUCCUCCACAACGGAACUGCCAACAAUGGUCUCCUCUCAACCUCCACCUCCCCCUCCUGACCCCGAGAACCAACACCUCUCCCUCACCUCCUUCCACAUACUCCUCCGCUCCAACAUGCUCCCCAAACCCCGCUCCCUAACAACCCACCAAGAAACCCACACACCAUCUCUUUUCUCCCCAACAAGACCGCCAAUAACCACCCUCCUAAUCGGCGACUCCAUGUUUGAACGCUUCAAAACCACUGGCAUACACACCCGCAUCGCACAAUCCGGCUCUCAAACAUUCAACGCCGGCGUCGGUGGAGAUAAGGUCGAAAACGUGCUUUAUCGUCUCGAUCUCGGGCUCUUAGAUCUUCUUUCGAAGCAAGACGAGAAGAUCAAGAUUUGUAUUGUGAUGGUUGGGACGAAUAAUCUCGGCAAGAAGACACCAUUGAAGGUUGAUAAGUAUCGUCUGUUGGUGCAAGCGCUGCUGAGAAUCUCGGACCGGGUUCUGUGUUGUGAGAUCUUCAAGAGAAAGGAUAUCGAGUAUUCGGUUGUGGAGGAGAGUAAUAGGAUGCUGCGGGAAAUGAUUGGGGAUGUGAAUACGAAUCUAAAGGAUGAGAGGGUUCGAUGGUUGGAGGCGCCGCCGGAGAUUGGGAUGGAGAGGUUGGUGGAUCAUGUGCAUCUUGAUGAGGAGGGGUAUGGGAUCUGGGAUAAGGUUUUGUGGGAGAGGAUAGAGGGCGAGAGGGUGGGGAUGGAGAGUUAA